AUGGACCCUCUGACGGCCAUAGGCCUCGUUUCCAACAUCCUCUCAUUCAUCGACUUCAGUGCCCGACUUAUCAAGAGCGCCAAGGAAGCCCACGAUUCUCAGCAUGGGGUCCUCGAGGAAAAUCGGAGCCGUGAGGCGGUUGUGCGAGACAUGCAGCGAAUGUCAACACGGAUGUUGGUCUCCGGAUCGCCAGACAAAGCGGACGACAAUUCAAAACUCAGUAAUCUGACAAGGGCUGAGACGCUUGAGAAGUUGGACAGCUUAAUUCAAGCGUCGAAACUGGACGAGGCCAAGCUGAACAGGAUUGAGAGCCACAUUGCACAGCUACGCGAAAAUAUCAGUUCAGCCCCUUCCACUUCGGAAGCUAAGCCGAUGCUGAUGACGCUUCUUGCGGAGGAAGAGAAAGUCUUCACAUCAAUGGCUCAGGGCAAAAUACUGAGCUGUCUCUCCUUUGAGGGAAUGGAUCGACGCUCUAACAUGGUGGUUGAUACACAUUCCAAUACCUACGAAUGGAUACUAAAAGACGACUCCGUGGCCGAGGAACCGUCUGAGGAGCACGAUGGGGACAGUGUGGUUGACAGCCAGCCACGGGGAGUUGAAGACAUUGAGAAAAUCCGUGCAAGAGAGAAGCUUAGGACAUGGCUGGGAAGCAGAAGUUCGCGCGAUGUUUUCCAUCUGUCUGGAAAGUUAGGAUCUGGAAAGUCGACGUUGAUGAAGCACAUACGGGCGAGUCCUCGCACCGAAGAGAAACUCAACUCGUGGGCAGACGGCCGCAAGUUGACCAUCGCCUCCUUCUAUUUCUGGAAUAUUGGCUCCGAUUACGAAAACCAGUGCCCAGACUUCAUACCCCAGGUCUGGCCGGCUCAAUGGGCACAAGCCAAUUCGGCGCCAUGGCUUGUCUCCAAAACCAUCGAAGUCUCAGAAAAAGACGUAAUUCAAGCCUUCCGCGGAGUCAUUGAGGCUCACGAUGUGCUGAAGAGUCACUGCUUUGCCUUUUUCAUCGACGGCCUCGACGAGUUCCAGGCGACCGUACAAGACGACCAUCGAGACUUGGUGAGAUUAUUGUGCAAGUGGGCAGCAAAUCCAUCUGGAAAUAUCAAGUUAUGCGUAUCAAGCCGAGAGUACCCCGCCUUCAUGGAUGGUUUCACACCAACUCUGAGAAUCCGCUUCCAUGACUUGACGAGGCGCGACAUGGACAUCUAUAUUCGAGACAAGCUUGCGCAUGCGAGCGCAGAAGAGAGCUUCGAAAAUCUUGUCUCAUUGAUUAUGAGCAAGGCAAACGGGGUUUUCCUAUGGGUAGCACUCGUAGUAAAAUCUCUCAGGGAGGGACUGGAGGACGGCCUGUCGUGCUCAGACCUGACACAAGAGGUUGAUAUUCUCCCGGACCAAUUGGAAAGUCUCUACAAACACAUUUUAAUGUCUAUGGGGAAGUCAAAACGCAGGAAAGCUUACCAGACGUUUUCGAUGGUGAUGGAGCUCAAGAAACACGGCGACUACAGAAUGUCACUACUCGCAUAUUCCUUUCUUGAGGAGUACGAGGCCGGAGAAAACUUCUUCAUGAACGGAGACAACGUCUUCCCCAUGAGCAAGCUCACCGGCGAGCAGGGUACGAAACGGGCGGAAUCUUCAAGCAGAAGAUUAGCCGGCUGGUGCAAAGGCCUCGUCGAGCCUUACGAACGGCCUCUGUGGAGUACAGGGCCUACAAGUGAGGGACCUUGCAUGGCUGCUUGGAAAAGCUGGCCCAUGGAGCUAGACUUCGUGCAUCGAAGCAUCUCGGACUUCUUGGAAUCAGAUGAAGUCCAACAUGACAUGCAGCUCAACUUGAGACGUUUUGAUCACGUCGACGCCGUUCUUAACCUGAUGGUUAGCGACGUCUUGUAUGAGAACGCAACGUCAGUAUACAACACCUCGCGGUCAGGAAUCACAAAUUGUAUACUUCUGGAGAUCAUGAAACGUUAUGAUCUGGUACAAGCGCCGUAUACCUAUCUCCAACGCGUUGGAGAAUUGCUGGCCGUUGGAAAGACGAGAGAGAAACUGUCUGCAAAAACGAUGUCUCUCAUGGUCUUUAGUUGGCCAGGCGAUGAAUACAGAUAUCAUUCGGUCGUCGACUGGGCCGAGGACGUCUCGGAGACCCUUGAGACAGUCGAAACAAAUGCUGAUAUCUCGUCCAACUCAGGAGAGACCAAGGAAGACGGUACCAGUGGUGCCAACCUCACUCCUGCUACCGAGAACAUGCUAAAAUUAGAAGACACUGAAUAA